UGGCACUGAAGCAGUUGAAGAUUAUCCUUGGAUAGCCAGAAUAAUGAUUGAUACUAAAGACACACCUAAAGGACAAGCUAUAUCUACAAAUUGUGGUGGCAGUUUAAUUGGAUCGCAAUGGGUUUUAACAGCAAAACAUUGUUUACUGUACCCAAAUCUUACAGCAAUUGGUAAUCCUGAGAAAUAUCAAGUGAUCAUCGGUGACAAUUAUUGGCCAAGUGGCGAAUUUAUACCAGUAACAGACCACUAUUUUUAUCAAAAUCGAACUUCCAUAGAUGAUGACAUUGCUUUGUUGAAAUUAGAACAUGCUCCUACGAAGGAUAUUGAUCCAAUACCAAUACAAUUCGAGCAACUUGAACCAUCAACAUAUGAUGGAGAAUUAGCGCAUAUUUUGGGAUGGGGUUUAGAGGACCCAACUAGUAACUAUCAGCCCCCACAAUUGCGAGAAACUAAUGUUAAACUUUACACUGAAAAUUGUGACGACACUACGUUAUGCUUCAACCCAGAAGAUACCCAAUCGAACGCUUGUGAAGGAGAUAGUGGUGGACCAAUGACAUUUAUGGUCAAUGAAGUUGAAACAUUGGUUGGAGUAACUCAUGUUUCAAAAAUUGAAAACGGAAUACAUUGUUCUGGUGACUUUAGCUCUUACACAAAAACUUUCUAUCCACCCUAUGCUGAAUGGAUACAAAAAACCAUGAAUUCAAACUAA